AGUUGAGUCUUAAAAAAACCAACUUAUAACCUCUUAAAGAACAGAAACAAAGUAAAGCUAGUUUCUAACAAAUUUAUUAGAUGAAAAAAAACAUAAUAUACUUGAGGAACAAGAUAAAAAAAACAACAUAGAAGAGUAAUAAGAAGAUGAAGAAGAAGAUGAAGAAGAAGAGGAAGAUGAAGAAGAUAUAUAAAUAUUAAAAGCCGCUGAUAAAAACGAAUAUUUUAUAGGAAAUAAAUAAACUUUAUAAAAAAUAUCUGAUAAUAUACCUUUAAAUAAUAAUAAUAAAUAAGAAGAAAGAAUAAAAGAUGCACAUAAAGCAGGAGGGAAAAUAUGUCCUGAUGAAGGAAUAGUUAAUAAUACAAGAAAUGUUGGUAAAUUUAUAAUUAAAGAAAUUGGUAGAAAAAUUAUUUCAGGAGACUUUAAUCUUACAUAAGUCAGUUUUCCUAUAAAAGCUAUGAUCCCUAAAAGUGCCCUUUAAACAAUACUUUUAGGGUCUUGUCUUUUUCCCGUUUAUAUAAAUAAAGCUGCUAAUAUUAAUGAUCUAGUGGAGAGAUUUUAAAUUAAUUAUUACAGCCACUUUUGCUAAUUUUCCUGUUGCCAAUACUUUCUUAAAGCCUCUUAAUCCAAUUUUGGGUGAAACUCUAUAAGGAAGCUAUAUUGAUGGAACUAAAUUGUAUGCUGAAUAAAUUUCUCAUCAUCCUCCUGUCUCAUAUUUUCUUGUUACAGGUCCUAAUAAUUUUUAUAAAUUUUAUGGAUAUUAUUUAUAUGAAGCUAAAGCUGGCUGGAAUUCUUUAACUCUGAAAAAUAAAGGAAAAAGAUGUCUUAUUUUUAAAGAUGGAUAAACUAUUAAAUAUAAUUUUGGUUAUGAAUAUUAUAGUGGGACAUUUAUGGGAACUAUGAAAACUGAAACUUUAGGUUCUAUUGAAUUUACGGAUGUUUAAAAUAAAAUAUCAGCAAUAAUUAAUAUAGGAAAAGUAAAAAAAAACCUUCAGAUUAUAUAUCAGGAGAAAUUAAAGUUAAUGGCAAAACAGUUUCUAAUUGCUAUGGAUCAUAUUUAGGUUUCAUUGAAUUUGAU